AUGGCACCCCCCAAACCUCACCCUCCCAUCUCUACCACCCUGCCCCCACUCCUCCUCGGCACCGCAACCUUCAACCACCAAUAUGUCUCGGACCCCCUGGCCAUGCCCUACCGCGACAUCGUCUCCCGCGCCAUCUCCCUCGGCGUCAAAGCCUUCGACACAUCCCCCUACUACGGCCCUUCCGAAGUCCUCCUCGGCACCGCCCUCGACAGCCUCAUGAACCCCACUGCCUCGGCCUCCAACCCCCUCCCCAUCCCCCUCGAGCGCGAGUCCAUCUUCCUCGUCACAAAAGCAGGGAGGAUAGCUGGCGACGAGUUCGACUACUCCCCCACCUGGAUCAGAUACUCCAUCCUGCGAAGUCUUCAGCGCCUGCACACCGAGUACCUCGACCUCGUGUAUAUGCACGACGUCGAGUUUGUCUCCCCAGACGAGGUCCUAGCAGCGGUGAAGGAGCUCCGGAGGUUGCGAGACGAGGAAGGGCUGGUUCGGUACGUGGGCAUCAGCGGGUUUCCAGCCCAUGUGUUGGCCAGCUUGGCCGAGAUGAUUCUGGACAAGACCGGGGAGCCGUUGGAUGCGGUGCUGAGCUAUGGCCACUUUACGGUGCAGAAUCGCAAGUUGGCGCUGCCUUGGGUGGCCGGGGAGACGAGACCAGAAGAGUCAUCCUCAUCGCCGUUGGCGAGGCUAAAGAGGGCUGGUGUCGAGGUGGUGUUGAAUGCGAGCAUGCUGGGCAUGGGCUUGCUCACCAACCGGGGCAUCCCCCCUGAUGAGAGGAGCGAGGCCUCUCCGCUGGCGAAGUGGCAUCCUUCACUUCCUGAGCUCCGGGUGGCGUGUAAGGAGUUGGCGGGGAUUACUGGCACAGCUGGCGAGCGUUUGGAGUCGGUGGCGAUUCGGUGGUCGUUGCAGGAGUGGGCGCGCAUAGGGGCUGCUGCUGGCGUUGGUGUGCAGGUCCCAUCAACUGCUUCCGGCAACGAUACCGCCAAAGUGGGUGCUACCGUGUGCGGUGUAUCGUCCAUUAGCGAGCUUGAAGAGACAGUCGCGGAGUGGAAGGGGGUUCUGUCCAGUCUCGGCCAUGCCGUUGACGGGAAGAUCGAUCCUGCAUAUGGUAAAGAACGGCAGGACAAGGUACUGCGACUGGUUCAAAACCAGCUGUGGCCAGCGCUUGGUAGAUGGGUGGAUUAUGCUUGGGAAAGUCCGGGUCCUGGCUAUGUCAACACUCGUCCGGAGGAAGACAAAGGUCGGGUACCGUCUGAUUCUAUAAUGAUUGCAUACCAGCAACGCCUGGCCGCCAGGUCAACCAGAGAUGCACAGCCGAAGUAG